AUGAAGUUCACCACCGUCGCACUCGCCGGUCUGGCCACUGUCGCCAUGGCCUCCCCCUGCCGCCGAGGCCAACCCUGCACCCCAACCUCAGCCCGAGGCUNNGAUCCUGCCUUCUCUUCUUGGGGCAAGAAGUACCAUCCUCACAUCUGGAACGGAUGGGGCGACGCUCCUGGACAAGUCUACCGUCGUGAGGCCGACCCUGCUUUCUCCUCAUGGGGAAAGAAGUACCACCCUCACAUCUGGAACGGUUGGGGCGAUGCCCCUGGCCAGGUCUACCGUCGUGAUGCCGAGGCCGCUGGCACCGCCUCUGCUACCGGAGCUGCCAAGCCUGCUGAGACCGGCCUCUCUCCUGAGGAGGAGGAGAAGGCCAACUUCAACAACUUCGAGCGCCGCGACCCUGCCUUCAGCUCUUGGGGCAAGAAGUACCACCCUCACAUCUGGAACGGUUGGGGUGAUGCUCCCGGUCAAGUCUACUAG